AUGGCAUGGCCCACACCUAAAACCUGUCGCGACAUACAAAGCUUCCUAGCGCACGCAACUGCACUACUGGAUGCUUUACAAUCAGCAAAUAACAUAGAACACAUAUGGAAUGAUAAACAUCAACGCUGCUUCGAACAAUUAAAAGCCAUCAUUCAAAGUAAUCCCGUACUUCAACAUCCGGACUUAACUCAACUAUUCCUGGUAGCGACCAACGCCUUCAAGCUUGGAAUCCAACCAUAA